CCAAACCCUGCCACUGCUCACCGCUCUCAUACUCCAAUCGACUCAUCACCUUCUUCUUCUUCAUCAUCAACCCCCGCAAUCUCCAAACCCUCUCUCUCUCUCUCUCUCUCUCUCUCUCUCCCUCUCCCUCUCAUUCUCAAUUCCGAUUAUUGAUUGAGGCAUAUGGACGGCAUCGAAGACACGGCGGCCAUGAUCAGCACGGCGACGAGCAUCCCGCCGUUUCUGAACAAGACCUACGACAUGGUGGACGACCCCUCCACCGACUACUUGGUCUCCUGGACCGCCGCCAACAACAGCUUCGUCGUCUGGAACGACGCCGAGUUCGCCAAGGACAUCCUGCCCCGCUACUUCAAGCACAGCAACUUCUCCAGCUUCGUCCGCCAGCUCAACACCUAUGGGUUUAAGAAAGUUCAUCCAGACCGAUGGGAAUUUGCAAAUGAAGGGUUUCUAAGAGGUCAGAAACAUCUUUUGAAGACUGUUAAUAGGCGAAAGCAAACUAAUGUACAGAGUCAUCAACAAUCAGCAGCAGUACAAGCACCUAGAGUACAGAGCUCGCAAGUUGCUGCAUGUGUGCAGAUGGGAAACCUUGGACUGGGGGAGGAGGUUGAAAGGCUUAAAAGGGACAAGAACACUCUUAUGCAGGAACUUAUUAGUUUGAGGCAGGAGCAACAAGCAACGGAUAACCAAUUGCAAAAUGUUGGUCAACGGGUGCAGGGAAUGGAACAGCGACAGCAGCAAAUGAUGUCAUUUCUUGCAAAGGCUAUGCAUAGCCCUGGAUUUUUAUCCCAGCUUGUACAGCACCAGAGUGAGAGCAACAGGCGAAUCACCGGAAGCAAUAAGAAAAGGAGACUUCCAAUGCAAGAAGAAGAUAAUUUAGUGGCGAAGCUUAACGGUAAAAAUCUGGAUGGACAAAUUGUGAAAUACCAGCCUUCAAUGAAUGAAGCAGCAAAAGCAAUGCUACAGCAGAUAAUGAAGAUGAAUAUAUCUCCUAGGCGGGAACCAUCAAUGAGCAAUCCUGAUGCUUUUCUGAUUGAUAAUGUUCCUUCAUACAGUGUUUUAGACAAUAGGAACUGUAGGAGGAAUUUGGGAGUCAGCCUUUCAGAGGUUUCACCAACUUCGAAUAGGACAGCAGAACCUGGAUUCCCUGUCACUUGUCAGUCUAUAGCUACGGCUCAGGUCCAGCCUUCCCCUUAUGUGGCUACUGAAUGUGUUACAGCAACUCAAAUUUCAGAAGAUGACUUCUACAAUCUUCAAGAAGAUACAGUUUUGCCUGAACUAACUGCAAUGCAAGGUAUUGUCCCGCCAAGCACUGCCGAGAUCCCUAAUGCAAACUUUAUGGCCUCUGAGAUGGUGAAUACGGAGUACAUGGAUGUGUCAGUUUUGGACCGGGCAAUGCCCACAGAGACUGAGACCUUUUCUCCUGAGAUCAAUCCUGAUGCAGAUGUUUCAGAAGAUGGAGAGCCUAACCUUCCAGGGAUCAAUGAUGUCUUCUGGGACAAAUUUUUCGACACAGAUGAUAAUGAUGUGAGUUCAGUUGUUGGAGUGACCAAGGAUCAGGAGAUGCAACCAGGGAAGGGAAAUGGAUGGGACAAGAUUCAGUACAUAAGUCCAAUUGCUCAGCAAACAGGGCUUGAGGGCAUGAUUGGUUGAUUAUCUUUCCAAUUGUAUAUGUACAUGUUUCUUGCCAUCAACAGGUAAAUCUAAUCUGCUACUUACCAGUAGGGAAAAAAAAACUUUAUAGUCAAAGUCCCUCAAAAUCUUAAUCUUGCAAUGUCCAGCCGCCACUUGGGAGUUGUUUUUGUAUGUGCCCUUGAAUUGACAAUUUUUGUCCUAGUACUCGCUUCUGACUUCACCCUUGCAUCAUAAGUAUAUGUAAUGAAAUACUUCUUUCUUGUUAUUCAUUAGCAUGUGAGAUCUGGACAUACUCGAUUAUAUUGUAUUUCGGACUAUUUCCAGAUUCAUGGGUUCUCAUGAUGUUAAUUGUUGUUAAAUCAAUGACAUGGUUCUUGCUCCCCCU